AUGUUACUCGAAUCCAAUCAUCUGAAUACACUUUUAUCAUUUGUUCGAUCAAUUUCAAGAUCGAAUGAUCCUGAUCAAUUACUAACUUAUAAUAAACGUGCAUCUUUUCUACUUAAUUCAUUAUUAAAACAAAUUCGUGAUCGUUUACAAUCAGUACAAAAAUUGAUAAUUGAUCAACGUUUAGAAAAUGUUAUUAUUUCAUUAGCAUAUUUAGCUGUUGAACUUUCAGACAGAUGCAAAAUUCGAGAAGAUAUUGUUCAAGUUUUAAUUGAAUUCUAUCAAAAAAUACCUACAGCAAAAUAUUAUGAAGUAGCAUCAUUUAAUUAUAAACAUGCUUUACCGCCUGCUGAAGUAUUUAGUUUUUGUCUUCAUACGGCUUUAACUGAAUUAGCAGCUACUUCAGAUACGUCAAAGAUGAGAGAUAAAAUAAUGUUUCUCGUCGCGGAAAUUAUUCGACAGAUAGUCGAAGGUUUACGUAAAGCAGCACAUGAACAUUCAAAAGAGAGAUAUCAAUCGAUCUAUCGAUUUGAAGUACCAUUUUUAUUCGGAGCACUUCGAGCAAUUGGAAGAAUAUCCAUAACUGAUCAAAGUUUAAUGUCACAAUUAUAUCCAGUAAAUUUUAUACCUUCUACACAUUCAAUUUAUAUUGAACAAAUAACAUCAACAGAAAAUUCAUCAACAAAUCUUAAAAGUCCUACCAUAUCAUUUCGUCCAAUAAUACCAAAAGUUCUAACAAAAAAUGUUCUAUCAUCAACAAGUGAUAACAUACAACAAUUAUCACAUUCAAAUACAAAUCAUAUUUUAUCAACUGGUGAACAACAAGAUUAUUCAACAGUAUAUAAUCAUCUAACAUCAACAUAUCGAUCACUUUCUUCGGUAGACAGUAAUGAUAUGCCAAUGUUUGAUGAUGAUAUUCCAAUAAAUACUCUAUUCUUUUCCGUUUCUGGUUCAACUUAUCGUCGUCGAAUCAUUUCUUCAUCACAUAUCAAUUCCAAUCGAUUUCAUGUUUGUGUUACUGUACCUAUAUUGGAACAUUUACAUGAAACAUUAAAAUUAAUUGAUAAUCGUGUUGUUAAAUAUUUGGAUAAAGUAGCAGUUGUUGAAUAUGAUUCAAUCAGUCGAACAAAUAUAUGUACACCAAGUUCAAAAUCUCCAACACGUCAUUUUCCUUAUACAUAUUUCGGUGAUUUACUUAUAUUAUGUAUAAUAAAAUUAUUUCGUGAUAAUCUUGAAUUACUUGAAAGAUUUAAUGAACGAAUAACAUCAAUAACAAAAUCAACAUAUUUAUUUGUACAACAAUUGAUAUCAUUAAAAUUACUUGAUUUAGAUAACGAUGAAUAUGAAAAAAUUCCACAUCGUUAUCGAACACGUGUUGAUGCAGAUGCAGCAGCACUUGAAUUACUUUGUCUAUCAUGUGAUGAUGAAAUAGGUAAACAAUUUCAACAAUAA